AGGGUCGCCGACACCCCGGCUGUCGCCUGCCGCGGUCAGCACCCAGAACGCGGCGAGACGAGCUCCAGCCUUAGGGUGGAAGAGCUGGAGGCAGCUGGAAAAGAGGGAGGAAUCGGGGUGUGUGGGAUUUCUCAGGCGAAGGGUUCGAAGACGUCGCUCGGGAUCCACCUGAUGGCCGGGCGGGUUCCCCUGGGCACGGAGCGGGCAGCAGUGGCAGGAGAGAUGGAAACCACCUUCAUUGAGAAUCUCAGAUACGCUGCCGACCUCCUGGCCCAGGAAGACAUGAUCGGACUGGUGGAGCCUAUUAACAACCGCAUCACCGACCCUCGCUACUUCCUGAACACCCCGCACCAAGCUGCUGCCAUCCUGGAGAAGGUGGGACACCCCAACCUGAAGCUGCAGCUGGACCUCUUUCACUGCCAGAUCAUGGAUGGGAAUUUGUCACGCAACCUGGAGACAUACUUCCCGCUCAUCGGUCACAUCCAGAUUGCGCAGGUGCCGGGGCGGCACGAGCCCGACAGCCCCGGGGAGCUGAGCUUCCCCUACCUCUUUGAGCUCCUGGAGUCCCUCGGCUACACUGGCUACGUGGGGUGCGAGUACGCGCCGA